AUGGCCCAACCAACACGUAACCGAGAAAGAUCAUAUUCAGUAUCACAGAUCGACGACAUCGACGAACUCAACCAACCGUGUGAUGGUGAUUUCUGUUCCGAGUCUAUCUACCGUCUGUCGAUUACUAUUUCCAAGUAUAAUCAUCUCCCGGAUCAGAGUGUUUCAGUAGAAUACCUGCCAGAGAAUCAGAAACUGCAGAUCCCAGCUGCGAUGGGAAUGUCAUUGACACCAACGAACUCGAGCCUCUGCGGCGUCACAAACCACACUCUCUAUUAUUCUACUACGUUCUGGAAGCUCGCUUCAAUGUCCUACACCGAAAUAGCCUCACUUGUGAAGACGACGACCAAUGGUGAGGCGAUCCGUGAAGUAAUCGACGGUCUUGAAAUGGUGACACCCGUUCCCGAGAGACCUAGCCGGUGGGAGACGACGGAGGCAGAUUCCGACGAAACGUUUGGUAAACUAAGCAGGAUUUUACGUUUUAACUGCGAUAUACGAGAUUUUGGUUAUCUUCUUACUGAGGACGCUACUGUCACUGACUCUGCGUGGUCUGAAAACGUUGAGAAUGUUCCUCAUUCCCGUUUACAGAACAAGCUGAAGCCAUACACUCUGCAGAUGAUCGCAGCUCUUAACCAUGGCCCUGUUGGGAACUAUCCUCUUGGAGCUUGGGUUCGUGCUUACGGAUUAGGGUUUGGGAUUUAUCCUGAUCGAGGCAGCGCCUAUAAGGUUGAGUCGGUUUACACAACUGAGAUGCCUUCUACAGAUGACCAAACCGCGGUUCUUGCGUUUCAACAUAGCUACGGAGAGACUCUUGCCAACCUCUGCUUAAACAUCUUGGCGGUUUUCGGGUUACUUCACUUGAGCAAGGACAAGACUUACGUUAGAGGAGAUGACUACAUGAAUCGGAUUGGGAAAUCUUAUUUGGAAGCGCUUGAGAUUCCGGAUACCUCGAAGAAGUUGCUUGGUUUGAUGAUGGCAAAGCAUAAGGAGUGUCUUCUACGCGUCGCGCCUCAUCCUUUUGGUCUUGCGCAGACGUAUUGGCUUGCGAAAGUUAUGUACAUGCAUGAGCUUCUGAUGCCUUCACUAGCUCUUCGUUUCCAUCAUGCGACUCCUCCUCCGGUUCAGAGGAUAAUGGUGGUAUGUGAAGCUGCUAGAGAGUGGGAGAAUAUUCCUGAGGCGAGUGACGUGUUGGAAAUGUUUAAAGACAAGCUUCCUCGUUUAAAGGCUCAGGAGGUUGCUAUAAAGGAAGCUCCUCCUAGGUAUUCGGAUUUGUAUCGGUUAUAUGGAUGUGAAGAGAAGAUGGAGAUAUCAGGUGAAGUAAGGGACGAUUUGAUCGCUUUUAUGCCUGCUACUUACGGUUAUGCGAUAUGGUUGCACAUGUUAGCGAGGACGGUAAGAAGAAGGAUGGUAUCGCUCUGGCUCGCUGUCUCAAGAGUGUCGAACGUGAUAUGA